AUGGCGUCUCAACUUCUUCCUCUAGAGUUGAUUGAUAAAUGUGUGGGUUCAAAAAUCUGGGUUGUCAUGAAAGGGGAUAAAGAAUUCUCAGGCACCCUGCUCGGUUUUGAUGACUACGUCAAUAUGGUUCUCGAAGAUGUAACUGAAUUUGACUACACCGGCGCUCAGACCAAACUACCGAAGAUUCUCCUGAACGGAAAUAAUGUCUGCAUGUUGAUCCCGGGUGGUGAAGGGCCCUCUGCUGCUGGCUCAUAG